CGAAGUCAAAGUCAUCUGGCUGUUUUCAUGACAUUUCUGACAUUUCAUGGUUUCGGAAGUUGUGUAUUCUGUGGUUCUAGCAAGUAACAAGGCAGUGCGGCCCAUAGGCUUCUCUCAUCAGCCUAGUUGGCCAAAGAAUCACAGAGAAAUAUAUGUUUCUGCGACAGAACACCCAAUGACCUUGGAACAACUGCAACUAACUUAAUUGGCGCAUUCGGUCUGUCCGCUUUGCCGGUGCUGCUGGCGCCGUUAGGAAAGGUCCGGCAGUCUUGAAUGCACCUAACUUGCUUGGGUGAAUAAGCACAAUUUACAAUUUGCUGCCCAAUUAAAUGCCGUGGUCGUAUUAAUUUAAGUCUUUUCGAACUGUACAUACUUUCGUGAAUUGCUUGUCGGCUGAGGGGGUUGCUCAGGAUGGACAGCGUUGUAAGUGUAAUUUUGCCAGCAGCCGGUACAGGCGAAAGGAUGAAGAUGAAAGUGGCUAAACAAUUCUGUGAGGUCCAAGGAAAACCUGUGAUCUGUCACACAAUAAGCGCAUUUCUGCAAUACAGUUGGAUAUCGGAUAUCGUGGUCGUCUAUCCUCCAGACAAGCAUUCAUUAGUAGUCAGCGCUUUAAAGACCGCUGGUGUGCUGGAAAAGGUUGCACUUGUGCCUGGUGGAACGACGAGGCAUAGGUCAAUAAUGAACGGCAUGAAGCACCUUGAGCAAGAUCCGCCGGACAUCGUGAUUAUUCACGACGCCGUUCGGCCCAUCGUUCCAAGACUCGUUUUGGAGGAAGUUGUGCGGGAAGCAAAGCUCCACGGUGGUGCAGGGCCUGUUGUACCUCUUGUGUCAACAGUGCUGAAGAUUGACAGCAAAGGAUUCCUCGAGGAGUCGCUAGAUCGGUCCAGAUACGUUGCGAGUGAGACUCCGCAAGCAUUUCAGUACCACCUAUUGCUAAAAGCUUAUCAAAGGUGCACAGAAGAGGAUUACACCAACGGCACAGAGUGCCUUGCACUUUUGCAUAAACACUGUGGAGUAGCACCCAAGCUAGUUCCAGGAGCUGAUGAACUGUUUAAAGUUACAUACCGAAAAGAUUUGUAUGCUGCAGCUGGAAUGCUCCAGGGUGCACAGAGCACCUUACCUUAAAUACGAAACGUCAUGUUUGUGAUCUUAUUUUUUGAAUUGAUGAUGUGAUGUAAUUUGUUAUGAUGUUCUUAAUGCUCACAAAUGCUAAGUUACUGUAGAGAUGCGGUUGCAAAAGAAAUCAUUUGACAGGAUUGCAUUGGACAUCAACAUGGUCAUUUUAUUCUUUAAUGGUACAGUAUUCUGCUCUAUCACAUUAACAUUUCAGGAUCCCAAAUUUUGUCAAGUUGAAAGUAUCGUAACUGAGAAAUUUCUAGCAACUCACUCGUUUCAUAAUUAUACUGUUAUGUUUUAAUCUUCAUACAUAGUGCAAUAUAUACAUGCCAUACCUGUGUGGAGUGCAUGCCAUAUAGUGCAGUGUUGAGAUGUGAAACGGGGGGAACAGUAAAUUUUGAAAGCAGUGUUUCAAAAGCAUAGCUAUGCUAAGAUGCACUCAGUCUAAUCAAACAUGCAUAGAGCACUUCUGCAAGGGUUUUGACAUGUUUUAGCACUGUUCAAUGUGGACCAACCUUUCCAUUUUAGGAGGGAUUUUUAUGCGACGAUUUAUGAGGCAUAUUAAAACCAAGAAACCAUUUUUUUAGGUUCAUAUGUGUCAUAGUAACAUUUACUGCAUGCUCUGCUUUGCAUCCUCGCCAUAUGUGCCCAAUUACAUGCUGUGUAGAAUUUUCUUUCAAAUCAAUUUUGAACUUGCAUGUUUCUGAUCUAUUCACUCUUUGUCUAAAGUGGCACUAUUGCACUCCGAGCAAAGAAUGUGACAGACUCCUGGCAGCCCGGAGUCGAGUAACACAUCAUGCUACUCACGUUUCAGUGCCAUGCCUCCUCUCCCCCAUGCCUACAUAGCAGUAUCUCAACAACCAUGCCCUUUGGACUACCUCUUCACACCUUGUUGAUACCCAAAUCAAUCCCAAACUCUCACUUAAUGCACCUGUCGGGCAAGGCUUGAUGACACACAAGUUCUGUGCGAUGCUUUCGAUUUGCUCUUACUGUCGCAGCAGCAUAGCAUGCAUCAGCUUCUUCAGUAUUGGUUAUUGGUAAUCCUAUGCAAGGGACUUCCUCUGCUUCGUUGAGCCCCACCAACUUCUGCCUCAUGUGCAGAGGCAUCACUGCUAUGCUAAGCCACCUAGACAUGAGUGCGGGAGUUGGGUAAUGCCCCAUUAUUUAACGUUGACAGUAGCACCACUGCAUGUGAAUACCUGUGCACUAGCUCUCUGCACCAACCUAACUUCCUUGCUGUCGCAGCACGAGACAUCAGUGCUGCUGCAACUGAACAGCUCCAAGUGCCACGGACUUACCAAAAUGGCGACUUGUUUUCCCGCCAUAUAACACCUGGUCAUAGUAUAAAAGCAUGCUCUAACAGACACUAUGCAUGCAAAAGCUCUGCCAGUAAUGUCCGAGACAUCAUUGCUAUUUCACCUAGAAUAGCACCAUGCAGCAUAGUUUCGAUUUUUGUUUCAACUUGUUGGUAUAUACAAAUUAUUUUAUGAGAGAGAGAUAAAAAAGAAGAAAAAUGAUUUUGCACACUGAAAGGAUAGAGUCGCAAGAAAUUUAAACAAGAAAUAUAAUGUGGCCAUUUUUUGUUUUGCUAUGGCAUCUGUCAACUACAUGCGAGAGCUUUCAGCACUUAUUAUGGUGCACUUGGGAACAAGACAUUUAAUUGCACGAAGUUGCCCUCCAGAUACUACGACUCCUUUCAUGAAGUUGAGUUUGAUAAGCUGGCAUGUCUCGACAUAUGGCCUGAAGGUUGCCUUUUCAGACCUUUCAUAGGUAAACUUUGGAAUAAUCUCAACAGCAGCUCAAAUAAAUGGGUGUCAAAUCUAACUGUUGGCAUAAUGCCCCUUUACACUUAGCAGACUUGGUGUUUUUGACAAGUUGGCUGAAAUCAAAAGUGUUUUGCUUGCAUAUGAUCUGGACAUAUAAGCUAUAGCAGAAACAUGGUGCAUCUGGAGAUAUCUGAUUUUGAUGUCUUUCCAUGUGGCUGUAACAUGUUCUAGUGCAACCGAAGUUCUAGAGGAGGAGGGGUUGCAUUACUUCUCAAAGAUAACCUUCUGUGUACUUUUGUUGAGCAUAGUAAUUGUGAUUGUAAAAUGGCCUGUGCAACGGUGCAUUCUGGUUUGCAAACAGUUUUUAUAGGUGAUGUUUACAGGUCCCCCAGACUAGUCUUAUCACAUUGGAAAUCUUAUUCGAGCAUGUUAAAGUGAAGUAAAAAAAGUCCAUGUGAAUAAUUUUGGCUGGCAAUUGUAAUCUUCCCAAUAUUGAUUGGGAAAGUGAAAUGCCACAUGGAAAUUGUGUACACUCACAAUGUCUUGUUGAUAUUGUUACUGUGCAUUUGGACAAGACCGUGCGCACAAAAGGAAGGUGAAGUGAUAGACUGUCUCCUGGAGCUGCGACCUUUGUACUGGCCUGCGCGAUUAGCUUUUUGCCAUGCAACUUUUCCCCAUGUAAAUAGUAGUAAAUAUAUUUGUGCAUCGGGCUUCCUAUUUGUAACAUUUGGUGCAGGUGCAGGGUUUCUUUUCAUUUUUUUCAUAAACAGUCUUUGCUUAGAAACCCCAAAUCACAGGGCCAAUUUUCUGCCAAUGAUUGCAUUCUGCUUGCCGAGAUUUGCUGUAAAGAUCAUCAAGUAUAAUUACAUAGCACCCUUCAGUUGAUGUGAUGGUACCAUAAAUUGACUCAACAGCUUUAUGAGCAGUUCGGUAAUUAUAAAAUUGCAACAGCAUCUAUCUCAUCAUGACUGUCGAUGGUAAUGCGUUUAGCAUUAAAUCACUAUAGCCACAUAAUGUAUUGCCACUGUUGAAAUUAGUUAUGUAUGGGGCAUGUACUGAAGCGGCGCUACUCAUUCGUGCUUUUUUAAGAACAGUUGGUGCCAUCUAGUAAUGAUGCCUCCAAGCCUCUAUGUGACCUCUGAAAUGCAUGGCGUGUCAGUGCAUGUGAAUGCUGAGAAACACGUCAUGAGGCAACUGGGCUCCUCUCUCGCACUUCUUUGUCGACACACUGCGCCAUCUAGCCGCACUGUCAAAAAGCCAGUGCUUGGCCUCCGAGACAAGAAGCGUGGUGUGACUUUGUCCGUGAACUACGAGAUUUGUUCCCUCACUUGCUGCAUGCUUAGCGGCACAUACUCAGUGACCCAAGUUGGCAAGAGGUUCAUUGAAGAGCUGCCAUAACCAGUGCUUGGCACAGCUUGCUAAAGUGUCGACAUGAAAGGCGUUCAACGAAAAGCAGCACAUACCCACUGCAUUUGUGGGGCAGCAUGCUAAUGCGUCGCGUUGCUGUCCUUGAGGAACCCUUGUGAUGUGGGUUCGAUUUCGCUCAACAUUGGAGUAAUUUGAGGGACCUUUUUCGUCAUUGUAGAGCGGCACAUUCCCAGUGGCACAUGGCUAGUCACCCAACUUGGCAUCAGAGAGGUUAAUUGAAGACCCGCACAGAGCGAGUGGUACAUACCCAGUGCUCCAAGUCGGGACCAGUUUCCUUGAAGACGGUACCUACCUAGUCCCGCACCAGAGUGACCCCUGUCAGCGUGAAAGUUUCCUUGGAGAGUCGCACGUAUGUACAUUGCCACAUACUUAGCGAUACAUGUUGGUCCAAUGGUUGGUUCGAUGUGCUAACUAUUGGAACUACCCAGUGACCCAGGCAGGCGGGGAAUGUGCGUCAAGCACCCUAAAAAUGCUAACGCAUUGAUAUCUAGGUAUCACAGUCGCUUAUAACUGGAGCACAUUAAUAUUAAAGCAAAAGCCUCUCGUAAGCUGUGGUCACUGCAUUGAACUAUGCUACUGUUACAACCCCUGAAGCCAAGCUUUUGGCUUAUGAAUAGUUGAUUUGACCAAUACUUGAGUAUCGCGUAUUGUUUGGGACUCGCUCUAAUUCACAGGUUCUUGUUGAUCAUUUAGAGUAUCCAAAGAAAAGCUUUACACUUUAUUUGCAAUUUCUACAAUAGAGAAUCUGUGUCGAGAUUGUAUAAACAUUCAUGAUUGCAAGACCUGUCAACUAAGAGCAAAGCAAAAUGAAUAACAUUUUUGCAUAACUCAAUACGUGGUAGGGUUGGGCUAAAUAUUGAUCAUACCUGCUGCAGUGGCUUAGCGGCUAUGGCGUUGCGCUACUAAGCACAAGGUUGCAGGGCCAAAUCCCGGCUGUGGUGGCCGCAUUUCAAUAGAGGCGAAAUGCAAAAACGACCAUGUUUUGUGCAUUGGGGGCAUGUUAAAGAUCCCCUGGUAGUCAAAAUGAAUCAAGAGCACCCCACUACAGCGUGCCCAUAAUGAAAUCAUGGUUUUGGCAUAUAAGGCCGCAGAAUUAAAAAAUCUAUUAUUUACAGUUCAGUCACAGUUGUGAGAUGACAGAAAUAAACAUUCACAAGUUUCGUUGCAUGAAUAAUGUUUUCGAAUGUUUUUUUUUUUUUCUACGAACGGUGCAUGAGUGGAAUCUAUUGCCACCACUUUCGAUAGGAACGGCAUUUGAAAGUUGUUUCUGUCGUAAGCUUGAACACUUCUUGUUACAAUGUAAUAAUUGUUUGCUAUUGUAUUGGUCUCAUUAUUUCAGUUCUGUAUGUCUCGUUGCAUUGUUUUUCUUCACCCAUGCUCUGGCUCCUAUGUGUCGUAUAUCAAAUAGAUAUACAGUCAUCAUCACCUCAUGAUUAAAAAAAUGCUGGGAGUUGCCCUUUGCAGAAGAGCACAA